CUAAAGAAAAUAUGCUUUAUCUGUUUAAAAGAAAACCGGUUUUGUCUCUAGAAAAGUUAGCGUUGCUCAGCUUCCAAAGAUAUUUAACAGAUCACUGUUGGGUCGUGAGCAACAUGUAUUCUGGAACUAAAUUUGAACAGGUUGUGAAACGGGAAGAAGUUCUCUGGCUCCAUAUCCAAGAAUUAAGAGAACAUAUCUUCAGUCAUGUCUCAAUUUAUGUACAGGAGGACGUAGUGCAGAUGAUAAUAUCAGCUGUGAACGAGGCGGCAGAAGACAAAAGAAAACAAUAUACAAUGAACACAGAAAUAGGAAGAUACAAAACUGAACUGUACUGCAUAGUGACUAUGGUAGAUUUGAUUGUAUCCCCCCAAAUCAGACGCCUGGAUCUACCAAAUAUUCCUAAAGUAUUGCGCACUCAUCUAAUCAGCAGACUCAGAUCGUUCACUGGACUUCAUUUUCUGGAGAUUCUGCUCCUUGGGUUCGGAAAGGAUUCAAGAAUGGUUGAUAGUGCAGAGAUUGUCGCUCCCAGCAAUAUUAUAGAGGCUCUGAGAAGUAUGAGUUCUCUGACACAUCUUAUUCUUCCAACAUUUUGCACAAACAACCUUCUAGCUUGCAUUGCUAGAAGCCAAUCAAAGGUAAAUUUAACCAUUUUUAACAAAUAAUGAC